AUGGGUGACCAACCUCGUCCCCUCUCCUCCCUUCCAGCCGAGCUCCUAAUCACAAUAUCCGAGUCCCUACUCAGCAUCACAGACCUCUCCGCCCUCGCCCGCACAUCAACUUUCUUCUACUCGCUCCUCAACCCCCGCCUCUACACACGCGAUGCGUCGCAAGACCGAAUAGCCUUAAAUUGGGCCGCGACCUGCGAUCGAAAAAGUACAGCCCUGAAAUCCAUCUACGCCGGCGCAGACGUCCAAUCUUUCACAGACUUUGAUCCCCGCAUUAAAGGAUGUACUCCUCUCAUGCUCGCCGCGUAUCACGGCAGUAUAGAAACGCUUCAACUCCUUCUUACAAUCGAGGAUACCAAUCCGAAUAGUCGGGAUAGGAAAUAUAUUCGACCGCCGAUAUCUUGGGCGAUAAAGCAGAACCAUAUGGCGAUUGUGCGCGCGUUGUUAGGCGAUGAACGGCUCGAUGUCAAUCUCGCGGAUAAAUGGGGUGAUACUCCGCUCAUGGUUGCCGUUGAACAUAAUCCGAGAUUUAUCUCGAUGUUAUUGCAGCGUGGAAGGGCGGAUCCGCGCAUUGUGAAUCGACAGGGUGCGACGCCGUUGUCUAGGGCUGCGAUGUUAGAUGUCGAGGCGGAUUUGUUGCUUGCGGCGCAUAUCCAGUGUAUACUGGAAGGUGAUAAUACGGCUGAGCAUUGUCAGCAUGUAUUCUUCCACGCUGCGAUUGUGGGGCAAUUGGAUAUUGUGGAGUAUUUGGUUUCAUACUUCGGGGGGAAGCUUGAUCCGAACGGGGAGCGGGAUGGGUAUGGGCGAGGCGCUUUUGCGAUAGCGGCGGAGCGGAACCAUCUCGAUGUCGUGAGGUAUUUGUGUAUGUGGGAAAAAACAAAUCCGAAUCUCAGUGAUAGCUGGGAACAUGAUACGCCGUUAUUCCGUGCUGCGAAGCAUGGGCGGAGGGAUAUGGUGAUUGCGCUACUGGAGUGUGAGCGUGUCGAUGUGGAGCUGGGUAACGUGCGUGGCACGAGGCCACUUGCCAUUGCGGCGGCCAAUAAUCAUGAUAAUAUUGUGAGGUGUUUGUUGAAGGGGCCGUGGCGAGCGAAUGUGAAUACCAAGGAUGAUAAUUGCCAUACGCCGCUGUAUCAGGCUGCUAUCUUUGGCCACUUGCAGGCCGUUGAUGCGUUGCUUGAGGCUCAGGAUAUUGAGCCGACGUGGGGGGAUGACAUUGAUCGUACAACUCCUCUGGAUGCGGCGAUUCAAUAUGGUCAUCAUGAUAUUGCAGAGCGACUGCGGCAGUACUUGGCCCAGUCAUGA